ACAAGGCUCCCGCUUUACGCAGGGUCUGGGAGAGGUGAAUGUCGGCUAGCCUUACCCCCAUUUAUGGAGAGGCUGCUCCCAAGUUCUAAUUCAAAAGCUGUAAGAAAAAAAAAAGGAAUUAGCUUCAUUUGCCUAAAGAUGACAGCAAAAACAUGAUAUGGAUUAUCAAUUCAGGGGAAAUUGGCGGCGGGACAAGAAAUAGCUGUGAAGAGGCUUUCGAAAUGUUCAGGGCAAGGAACAUCAGAAUUCAAGAAUGAACUGAUACUUAUAUAUGAACUCCAACAUACAAACCUGGUUCACCUUUUCGGAUUUUGCAUUCAUGGUGAAGAAAUGAUGUUGAUAUAUGAGUAUCUGCAGAACAAAAGUUUGGACCACUUUUUAUUUGAUCCAAUCAGAGGUCUACUACUAGAUUGGAAGAAGCGUUUUAGCAUUCUCGAAGGAAUUGCUCAAGGGUUGCUUUAUCUGCACAAAUACUCAAGAAAGAAAGUAAUUCAUAGAGAUGUAAAAGCUAGUAACAUACUACUUGAUGAAAACAUGAACCCAAAAAUUUCAGAUUUUGGUAUGGCAAGGAUUUUCACCCAAAAUGAAUUGGAAGCAAACACUAGAAAGGUUGUGGGGACACUUGGUUACAUGCCUCCAGAGUCCGUGGGGGGAAUUAUUUCUGUAAAGUCUGAUGUCUACAGUUUCGGGGUAUUGAUGCUUGAAAUCAUAAGUGGAAGGAAAAACAACAGCUUUUACAAUGACGAUCGCGCACUCAAUUUAGUAGGAUAUGCAUGGGAGUUAUGGAAAAAAGGUGCAGGGCUAGAAUUAACGGAUCCAACAUUAGGAAAUUCGUUUAUUAAAGAGCAACUGUUAAGAUGCAUCCAUGUCGGUCUGCUUUGCGUAGAAGAAAAUGCAGCAGAUCGCCCUACCAUGUCAGAUGUCAUAUCUAUGUUGACAAAUGAAAGCUUUCGAUUAGCAUCACCAACAAAGCCAGCAUUUUUUGUUGGAAGGAGGACGGUGGAGGCUGGUAUAAGUGGGAAUCAGCAACUUGAAACUGUUGCUUCAGCAAACUACAUGUCCAGUUCAGAUUUUGAAGCGCGUUAAUUAAAGGAGGUUAUGCAUCAACUGGAGUUGGCUGAUGGCUUUUGGCACCUUUCAAGAUACUUGAGAAGUUUUAGAGUUUAAUUUACAAAGGGUGCUUGCUUCUGUAGUCCCUAUAUAAAAUAAAAUAAAAAUAAAACUAGAUGCUCAUUUAUUACCUU